AUGGAAAUAACUAAAGUGGCUAUAACUUUUUGUAUUUUUGUUUCUCUUGGAGUAAUAUUCAUUUCACUUAUAACAACAACUAUUCUUUUUAAUAAAAUAUCAAAUUUCUAUGAUGAUGCAUUAGAAGACUUAACUGAAUUUCAAGAUAUUACUGAAGGUACAUGGAAAGAUAUUAUAAAUAUAAAUGAAGAUAAACAAAAUAAUAAUGAAAUUUAUAGAAAUAUAUUUUUUGUAACAUCUCGUAAAAAAAAAGAUACAGAAAAUGAAUGGCCACCUGAAUGUGCUUGUGGUAGAAGUCCAAAUAAUUGUCCUCCAGGUGAACCAGGAGAACCAGGAAUUGAUGGUACACCUGGUGACGAUGGUGAACCAGGUCCUGAUGGUAUUCCUGGAGUUAAUGCAGAUAAAAGUCAAUUUAUAGGAAGAAAACAAUCAGAAUGUAUCAGAUGUCCUGUUGGAGAACCAGGACCUCCUGGACGAAAAGGAAUGCCUGGUUUACCGGGUCCAAAAGGUCCCCCAGGUAUAUCAACAAAUUCACAAAGUAGUGGGAGACCUGGACCUCCAGGUCUUCCUGGAGAAUCUGGUGCACCUGGAAAACCAGGAGAAAGUGGUGAACCAGGACCACCUGGUAGACCAGGAUAUGCUAGACAUUCAUCUGUACCAGGUCCUCCUGGACCACCUGGACCACAAGGUGAUGAUGGUGAACCAGGAAUUCCUGGUAUGACAAUUGAUGGCGAUGGUGGUUUUAGGGGACCACCAGGAGAUCCAGGUUUUCCAGGUCUUCCUGGUGAUGAUGGUAUACCUGGUAAUCCAGGAGAGCCAGGAACACCUGGUAAUGAUGGUGAAUAUUGUAAAUGUCCUCCACGUGGAUCAUACCCGAAAACUACAGAAAAUUCGGAACCCGCAAUAAAUGCUGCAAUUGAAGAAGCUCCUUCAAGUAUUUCUAAUGAAUACAAUACUGGAAGAAAAAAAAAAUUUGAUAAGAUAUUAUAA